AUGUAUCUCUAUCAAUCCAACGUCAGCAAUUCUACAACCCCAUAUUCAUUCUACAUGGGUCUCAUAUCUCGUUCUGACAAAACUUCGCCGCCGAACCUAAGCUUUCUUGAAAAAAAGGUUGAAAUCGAAAAAUCCAAGAUUUCUAAAGAACCAUUGGAUGAAUGGUUUCCACCAAGAUCUCAAAUCGUUUCUCACAAAUUGGAAGCGAAAAUAGAAUCUAGCAGCAUGAAUCUAAAUGCCUCCAUUGACGAUUAUGACAAUUCACAUAUUCCUUAUGAUAGAUAUUUGGUCCUUGAAGAAAGGAAACCUACAAGAUAUUCAAAGCAAAAGGCUGUUGAAAAAAUUUCUUAUCAAUUUUGCAUUGGAUUGGACGAGCUUUUAUCUCCAAAAAUGAAAGUCAAUCAUCAAAGAAGGUUAGUCUUGAAAAUCAUCUUUAUUCUACACAUUUCGUGA